CAAACUAUAUAAAAAAAAAGAUACCCUACAUUUUCUCUCUCUCACUGUGUCGUGUCCUACGGGUUUCAUAGGAGCAGAUAAUAAAGGUGUGCAUUCUCUCUCUUCCUCAUUUGGAUCCCCAAAUCUAGGGUUCUUUUAAAUCAGGUUUUGCAAGAUGGAGAGCAUGCAUAGCUUUUGGCAAUUGGGUGAUGACCUUCGAGGACAAUCAAAAGUCUCAGAGGAUCAUAAGUGGUUAAUGGCUGCUUCUAAAUUGGCUGAGCAGACGAGGUCAAAGGGCGAACGCAUGAAUAAUCUUGAUCUUUCAAAGGGUCUGGCAGAAAUAAGGCCAAGGGACAAGAUUGGUUUUCAGGAAGAUAAUAAAUUUGAAAGCCUCAACUUUAAUAUGUUGAACUUGGAAUCAAAGAUGACAGAAAAUAUGAAAAAAAUUUCUCUCAGGAACACUGUUUACGAUAUGAAUGCAGUGUACCAGAAAAACAACAUAAACAGUAUUGGAAAUCUGACUGGUAGCAAGUAUAGUGGUAACAAUCAGAAUACCAAAGAGCUCAACAUCAACAGCAAUAACAACAAUGAGAACAAUGCAAAUAAUGCUGUUGACAAAAGGUUCAAGACUCUGCCUGCAACAGAGACGCUUCCACGGAAUGAGGUCCUAGGAGGAUACAUCUUUGUCUGUAACAAUGACACUAUGCAGGAAGACUUAAAGCGCCAGCUAUUUGGUUUACCACCAAGAUAUAGAGAUUCUGUUCGGGCAAUAACUCCUGGCUUACCACUCUUUCUUUACAACUACACUACUCACCAGUUGCAUGGUAUAUUUGAGGCUGCAAGUUUUGGGGGUUCUAACAUUGACCCUAGUGCUUGGGAAGACAAAAAAUGUAAAGGCGAGUCAAGGUUUCCUGCUCAGGUGAGGAUCCGUAUUAGAAAACUCUGCAAGGCAUUGGAAGAGGACGCUUUUAGGCCAGUAUUGCACCAUUAUGAUGGCCCAAAGUUUCGUCUUGAACUCUCAGUUCCUGAGACCCUGGAUAUAUUAGACCUUUGUGAACAAUCAGGCUCUCCAGCUUAAGCAAAUUACUUGCUGAAUAUGCAAAUAUUAGCUGCCUGCUUUUGGUUGUUGAGCAUGUUAGAUGCCUGCUCUUCACAGAUUUUCCGUAGAGCGUAAGCUUGGGGUUUAAGUCUGUUGGGUGAAUCUUCUUGGGAAAAGUAGGAAUGGCUUGUAAUCUAGCUGAAUAAACACAUUUGUGUCUUGUGAAUGUACUUAUCCUUGGCAUCCUGUUUUAUAAUACCUAUUAUCUUAUAGACAGACUUCCAAGAUGUAAAGGAGAAUGAUAGCCUGUCUAAUGAUCAAGUCCUGAGAAGAGGAAGGCCUUUGAUGUGCCUAUUCUAUGCAUGUAAACUGAUCGUGUGACGUUUGUUUGUUAUCUUGAGCAUCCACGUGGAGUAUUAAUCUAUAAGUGUUUUUCAA